AUGACUGCUUUCACACCGUAUCCAUAUGUUCUGACUUCAGAGAAUACAUAUUGGAGGCAUUGUCCCUCAUCGUUCACAUCGGUAUCGUCAAGGCCGUCCUCACUUGAGGAGAGUCGUGACAGAUUUUCACCACAACCAAAGACAGCAACAACAAGAAAGGUCCAUUGGGCCUCCGACGUGGUAGACAAUGAUCAAACACCAAGAAUAGUUCGUAUUUCAUCGAUGAGAAAUACAAAAUCGACUUCGUUGAUGCCAUCGCAGACCACCCAUCGGUCCCCAAUUCCGGCAAUGAAUUCUUCAGUCAGGAUCAUGAGGAACAGGAUCCCCAACGACUUCGGGCUCUAUGACACUCGCCAUAUGGUAUCUGGCCCCAUGAUAAACUCCCAGAAGACUUCAAGAGGUCAGCUUGAGGCUAUUCCCAAAAGGCAGCCUAGAACGUCGUCGUCGACUCCCCAGCUCCAUGACCACGUGACCUCGCUUAAAAUCGUUGGGCCUUCCGGAACGAGUCGAUCCAAGAGAAGAGCCACCCAAUUCGACGCAGGCUCACUGGCAUGUACUUCAUCCAGUGCAAGAUCAUACCCCUCAAACAAAAAGCAUUUUCACAUAGACGGAUCUCUUCCACCCGUGCCAGAGGCACCACCCUUUACUUGGCCUCCACCAACGCCGAGGAUUAGCAGACUGCCCACUCCAGAUCUGGACGACAUUGGCUAUCAGGGGUUCUGCUCCUGCGAUGAUUCACAUUACGAUGGUCAUCGCAAGCUGGAAUACUCUCGGAAUGACGAAAGGUCGUCGAAGUUGAAUGCUCAAAUGCAAACAGCGCAAUUAUAUAUCCAGAGCAGGAGGUGCUGA